UAGGCCCAGUGUCUUGAGUGUUUAAGUGGUUUAUACUUUAUUUUAUACAUAAUUUAAAUAUGUUGUCUUUAAUUAUUUUAUCUGCUGUUCUCUGUUUAGUAGAGAAUACCUUCGGCCAAUCUCUUGGUAUCAACAAAGGAUUUGGAUUAAAUGGACUCCCUCCCAAUGGACUAGGACUAGCCAAUGGAUUGGCACCAAAUGGAUUACUUGGCAAUGGCUUGGCUGUAAAUGGUCUUAACCCAAACAACUUUGGCAUAAACAACUUUGCCAGUAAUAAUUUGGCAGCAGCUAAUCUAGCUGCCAAUAAUUUGGCUGGUGCUAAUUGUGCUGGUAAUAAUUUAGCCAAUGUAAACUUUGCUGCCAAUAAAUUUGCUGCAGUCAACAACAUGAAUAAUGCUAACAUUGCAGCAAAUAAUUUGGCUGCUAAUAACUUUGCCGUUAAUAAUUUGGCAGCCAAUAAUUUUGCUGCCAAUAGCUUGGCUGCCAAUAAUUUCGCUGCUAAUAAUUUCGCUGCCAAUAAUUUGGCAAUGAAUAACUUAGCUGCCAAUAACUUGGCUAACAAUUUCCAACUCAAUAACAACUUAGCUUACAAUGGUCUGGCCAAUAACAUGGCAGGUUUGGCCGGUGUGCCAAACGCUGUCAAUGCUGGCUAUGGUGAUAUCGCCGUCGUUGGCGAGCUGCCAGUUGGUGGCAACACUGCCGUUACUGGCAACGUGCCAGUGAUUGGCUACGUGACUUUCGAAGGGACUCUGCCUGCCGGAGGUCUAGUCAGUGUUGCCACUAACAAUAAUUGUGGUUGUGUUUAGAUUUUAAUAUUUACUUAAAAAGUAAUUAUUUGUA